AUGUCCGGACGAUACACUCAACCGAUAGCUAACAUCUACCUUACAGCGCUCCAUGAAAACUACCAGUCCGACCCCGCGAGAUACAACGCGAUACGCGACACGAUAAUGAAUAUCCGAGGAGGAAACUCUGGUCCACAGAGUAUGGCUCCUCCGUCCAAUUUGGGCGUACAACCUCAGAGUCGCUACUAUAACUCGUAUGGCUCAUACCAACCAGCAGGUUCCAGUAUGCCCCAACCGAGUCACGGCUAUAGCAACGGCGCCAGUGUUGUCGGGAACGGUACCGGGUAUCCCGUUGCUUCUAGAGCAACUCAUUCAGACAACAUCUUCAAGAAUACGCCCUUCUACACUAUCGAAAAGAGGAUCGGCCCGCUUCACACGUGUCCCGUCUUAGUCAUGAACAACCACCGAAAUUCCAUCACCGUAACCUUAAAAGCUAGCGACUACCCAGAUCUUGGGCGAUGCGCGACUUACUCAUCUACUAAGCUCAUGGUAUUCUGCGGAAGUGAAAAUACGGGCCUUCAGGAUAUCCAGUUCCCCCACCAGUCCGAAGUCAAGGUGAAUGACGAUGACAUAAAACAUAAUCUUCGAGGCCUCAAGAAUAAACCAGGAUCAACCCAUCCGGUUGACAUUACCCCCUUUUUAAGACUGAAGCAGACCAACUAUACUAACAAAAUCGAGUUUACUUAUGCUCUGACCACUAAGGUACGGAAGCCUAAAGCUUCAAGAGGGACUCAAAAGUUCUACCUGGCGUUAUACGUAUGCAAAACACACCCAAUCGAUGAAUUAGUUACAAGGAUCAAGGCGAAGAAGAUAUCCAAAGUCUCGGUCAUUCGCGAGAACGAGUAUGUACAGGAAGUCUUGGAGAACACUCCUGAGUCAUGCGAGCAAGUCACCAUUGAACCGGAUGGUCAAUGGAGAGUGAAGUCUGAAGAGCCAGAACCGACCCGAUCUCGGCCCCCUACCGGUGCCAAGAUAGAGGAUGAUGACGAUAUAUCAAUACUCUCCGACACCCACGCUUUUGGCAACGGUAUUCCCGGUGGGCCAAUAGGCAGUAUGAGGAAUACCAUGAGCACACCGAGUCGCUCUUUUCUUGGCGGCGGAACGCCCAACGGCGGUCAUCGAGAGACGCCGAAUACGCAAAGAUCUGGGAGCAGCAAGCGGCCGGCAGAGGUUAUUGAUCUUACCCUCAGUAGCGAUGAAGAUGAUGAACCUAUUGUUCGCCCUCCAAAACGUCAAAACUUAGGGCCGACUAAUGGUCUGAACUUUCCUUCUGCAUACAGUUAUUAG